AUGGAGGCUCCCAUCCUCAUCUCACCCAACUCUUUCCACUCCCGUCUGCCCAAGAUGGAUAAUCUCUUUCGCCGGCUGAGUUCCAGGAAGUCGUUCAAGAGUAGUCAUGGCUCGUUGCCAGCUGCACCCUUGACAGCGUCCCAACGACCAUCUCAACCUCAAUCCCCCAUCGCUUGGGCCAGACACAACAACCAGGAUGCCAGCAACCCUUUUGCUACCACAACGCCAACUCGUCGUCCAGCAGCAGCUGGACCCCCGCCGCCUUACUCUCCACGCUCGGCAGCGUCGAACAAUAACAAUGUCCCCUAUUCGCCCGCCGACCUGUCCAACGCCAUGCAAGUCGCCGAUGACUCGCCAUAUGCCUUCCUGCGCACCUUCGACACCAUUUUCCUCAUUGACGAUUCUGGCUCCAUGGCUGGCCGCUCCUGGAGAGAGACCUCUGCCGCCCUUGCUGCCAUUGCUCCCAUCUGUACUGCCCACGAUCCCGACGGAAUCGACGUCUACUUCUUGAACCAUCGGAACCCGCACACCAACCAGGGUGGCUACACAAACAUCACAACCACGGCCGCGGUGCAGAGUCUCUUCCAAAACGUGCGACCUUUGGGCGGCACACCCACGGGGACACGUCUCAACCAGAUCCUGAAACCGUACCUUUCCGAACUGGCCGAUUCCCUCGAACGCCAGGCCCACGGCUACGAGGCAAUCGUGAAACCGCUCAACAUCAUCGCCAUCACGGACGGGGUUCCCUCCGACGACGUCGAGAGCGUCAUUGUCAGCGCCGCCAGGAAACUCGACGGCAUGUCCGCCGAGGCGUGGCAGGUCGGUAUCCAAUUCUUCCAGGUUGGACGGGAACCCGAGGCUAGGGACAUGCUCAGGGAACUGGACGAUGCGCUGAGCGGCGAGUACCACAUCCGAGACAUGGUCGACACGGUGCCCUGGAACGGUGAAGAAGGCGAUGAAGGCCUCACGGCGCAGGGGUUGUUGAAGGUAUGCUUGGGCAGUGUUGUCCGACGGUGGGAUCGGAGGAGUGUAUGA